ACAUUUAAGAUAUGUAUCCAUAAAUAAAAGUAUCCUAUUUGCAAGUAAAAGGUGGCUGGGUAUUCAAUCGUGGAACUCCGAACAAAAACGUCAGAAAUUACGUUUUUUUCAUAGUUUAUAUUAAUUAUACACCUUUUGAAACCGGUGGGCAAUGAUUCGGCCCUGAAAAUUAAACACCAUAGGUAUUUAUGGAAAAACUGAUCCACGGUUGGGAAAAACAUACACGCGUUUUCUUCAAGAGGAAGUCAAGAAUUACAAAUAAUGACUAAAUUUCCACAUAAGACCGAAAAUAUGGGAUAAUAAAUAGAAAAUUCUUCCGUACAGACGAAAUUUGAUAAGAAUAAAGCGUUAUUAUAUUAAGACAUGAACGACCACGUGGCCAGAUUGCAUUUAAAUUUCGCGGGUCGACAGUGGUCCCGCGAUCAAGUUUUCAACUUCGAACGUCGACAAUGCCACGAUCUAGGCAACCGGUGGUGGGGUAGGGAUAGCUUCGGCUUUCCUCAGUGGUCGCCCGGCGGCCACUCCGUGCACAUCGUCUCCCGUCAACUGGACAGUUCGAGAUUAUUACUUAUUCUCCAUUCCCGGAGUUGGUACAGUUUAUGAAGUCAUUGGAAAUUAUACAUUAUUCAAUCACCAUAGCACUUUUGUCUAGAAGCUUCAAACUUCUUGAUGCGUCGGACAAGAGUAGCCAUUUCCAUCAUCACAAACUGGCUCCUGAUUUGAACUCAAGGAAACAGUCGGUUGCAUAUAGAAAUAACAGGAAGAGUUAUACUUGCUGUCUCCUGCUGCCGUUGCUUCACGCCGGAUGCCGGAAGAACCAGACGAACCCUGGCAUCGACGUGUCAGGGAGUGCGCCAAACCUUCCAUCCAUACAGAGGCGUAAAUGUUUGAAACGGCUAGUAUACGUAGUAAUGCUGAAGAAGAGACCCAGGCUUGGUGGAGGGAGUGACCGAUGAGAGUUGAGACCACUGUGGCGGUGUUGAGUGUUCACUGUUCAGUUCGCUUCCAACUCGACUCGUCGUUUUUUGCGGCGAUUCCUCACCUUUGGCAAUUAGGAAUACUGGGACAUUAAACACACCAGGACACCAGGAUGCAAAAAUGGAAGACAGUAUUUGUGACAGGAGGAGCUGGUUACAUAGGAAGUCACUGCAUCGUGGAAUUGCUCGAAGCUGGCUACAAUGUUGUUGCCGUCGACAACUUUUCAAAUUCAGUUUGUGAAAAUGGAGAAGCCAUCAGUUUAAAGAGAGUCGAGUCCAUUACAGGAAAGCCAGUGAAAUUUUAUAAAUGCGAUUUACUGGAUAAAGAAAAAUUAAACAGCAUUUUUCAGAAGUACAAAAUUGACUGUGUAAUUCAUUUUGCUGCAAUCAAGGCUGUUGGAGAGUCGAUGCAACAACCUUUUAUGUAUUAUAAAAACAAUCUUAUUGCAACGAUCAAUUUGCUUGAGGUCAUGGAGAAAGCAGGAUGCCACCAGUUGGUAUUUUCAAGUUCCUGCACUGUUUAUGGAAAUCCUGAGUACCUGCCAAUCACAGAAGAACACCCUACUGGGAAGAUCACAAAUGUUUACGGAAGGACAAAAUAUUUCAUAGAGGAAAUGUUAAAAGAUGUUUCUAUGGCAGAGCCUAAAUGGAAUAUAAUUCUUUUAAGGUAUUUUAAUCCAGUCGGUGCCCAUCCGUCUGGUAUGAUAGGGGAAGAUCCAACCAAACCUUUCACAAACUUGAUGCCCUACAUGGCACAAGUGGCCAAUGGGGAAAAAGAAAUUCUUACAAUAUUUGGCGGGGAUUAUGACACUCCAGAUGGCACAGGCGUGCGGGAUUACAUACAUGUAAUGGAUUUGGCAUCGGGACACGUUGCCGCUCUUGUCAAAUUACAAAAUGAACAAGUCAGAAUAAAGACUUUUAAUCUCGGCACUGGACAGGGGUUUUCCGUUUUACAGCUGAUCAAUACAUUUCAGUCUGUCACAAAAACAAGAAUACAGUAUAAAAUUGAAGAUAGAAGACAAGGUGAUAUUGUGAACAUUUAUGCAGAUGCAACCCUAGCAAAAGAAGAGCUUAACUGGGAGACACGUUAUUCAAUUGAAGAGAUGUGUGCUCAUUUCUGGAAAUGGAAGACACUAAAUCCAAAAGGUUAUUUACACGAUUCUACUGGGCCACGUCCUACAAAUGGGCUGUCAAAUUCUAUCCCAAAUGUUAAUGGUCACCAACAAAAUGGAUUAUUGUUUGUAUAGAAACCAUAUAAAGCCUGAACAGUGGUAAAUGUUAUUAUUUUGCAUGAUAAUUAUAAAAAACAUAAGUUAUCAUUGUAUUUAAAAUAAAUUAUUUAUAUUUCUUU